CACAUGACACAUUUCCUUUCAAGAUGGCAGAUACUCUCCCUUCGGAGUUUGAUGUGAUCGUAAUAGGGACGGGUUUGCCUGAAUCCAUCAUUGCAGCUGCAUGUUCAAGAAGUGGCCAGAGGGUUCUGCAUGUUGAUUCAAGAAGCUACUAUGGAGGAAACUGGGCCAGUUUUAGCUUUUCAGGAAUACUGUCCUGGCUAAAGGAAUACCAGGAAAAUAGUGACGUUGUGAAUGAAAGCCCAGCAUGGCAAGAGCAGAUUCUUGAAAAUGAAGAAGCCAUUGUUCUUAGCAGGAAGGACAAAACCAUUCAACAUGUGGAAGUGUUUUGUUAUGCCAGUCAGGAUUUACAUGAAGAUGUUGAAGAAGCUGGUGCACUGCAGAAAAAUCAUGCUUCUGUGAUAUCUGAAAGCCCCACAGAAGCUGCACAUUCUGCCUAUCUGCCUUCAGAAGAUGAGUCAUUAUGCACUGUGAGCUGUGAAAUGCCCACAGAACAAACUCCAAGCAGUGAUCUAGAGACUGCCCUAGAAAUAAACGAUGUGGAAGUAACAGGGGAAAAAGAAAAACAUUAUGACGAUAAAACUUGUGUGAAGUCAGCUUCAGAAGAAGAAACAAGUGAAAAUGUGCCUACAGCAGAAGACACUGCAUUGCCACCAAAGAAAAAUAGGAUUACUUACUCACAAAUUAUUAAAGAAGGCAGGAGAUUUAACAUUGAUUUGGUAUCAAAACUGCUGUAUUCUCGAGGAUUGCUAAUUGAUCUUUUAAUCAAAUCUAAUGUAAGUCGAUAUGCAGAGUUCAAAAAUAUUACCAGGAUUCUUGCAUUUCGAGAAGGAAGAGUGGAACAGGUUCCUUGUUCUAGAGCAGAUGUCUUUAAUAGCAAACAACUUACUAUGGUAGAAAAGCGAAUGCUAAUGAAGUUUCUUACAUUUUGUAUGGAGUAUGAAAAACAUCCUGAUGAAUAUAAAGCCUAUGAGGAGAUUACAUUUUCUGAGUAUUUAAAAACUCAAAAAUUAACCCCCAACCUCCGGUACUUUGUCCUGCAUUCAAUUGCAAUGACAUCAGAGACAGCCUGCAAUACCGUAGAUGGUCUCAAAGCUACCAAAAACUUUCUUCGCUGUCUUGGGCGGUAUGGCAACACUCCAUUUUUGUUUCCUUUAUAUGGCCAAGGAGAACUUCCUCAAUGUUUCUGCAGGAUGUGUGCAGUGUUUGGUGGAAUCUAUUGUCUUCGCCAUUCAGUACAGUGCCUUGUUGUGGACAAAGAAUCCAGAAAAUGUAAAGCAAUCAUAGAUCAGUUUGGUCAGAGAAUAAUCUCUAAGCAUUUCCUUGUGGAGGACAGUUACUUUUCUGAGAACACAUGCUCACAUGUACAAUACCGGCAGAUCUCCAGGUCAGUCCUGAUUACAGAUAGAUCUGUACUAAAAAUGGAUUCAGAUCAACAGAUUUCCAUUUUGACAGUGCCAGGAGAGGAACCAGGAACUUUUGCUGUUCGAGUCAUUGAGUUGUGUCCUUCAACAAUGACAUGCAUGAAAGGCACAUAUUUGGUUCAUUUGACUUGUACAUCUUCUAAAACAGCAAGAGAAGAUUUAGAACCAGUUGUGCAGAAAUUGUUUACUCCAUAUACUGAAACGGAGAUAGAAAAUGAAGAAGUUGAAAAACCAAGACUUCUGUGGGCUCUUUACUUCAAUAUGAGAGAUUCUUCAGAUGUCAGCAGGAACUCUUAUAAUGAUUUACCUUCCAACGUUUAUGUCUGCUCUGGCCCAGACUGUGGUUUAGGAAAUGAUAAUGCAGUCAAACAGGCUGAAACACUUUUCCAGCUAAUCUGCCCCAAUGAAGACUUCUGUCCACCCCCACCAAAUCCUGAAGACAUUAUCAUUGAUGGUGACAGUUUACAAUCAGAGGCUUCUGAAUUCAGUGUCAUACCAGAAGCUAACUCAGAGAUUCCCAAGGAAAGCACAAGCCUGAGAAACCCAGAGGAGGCCUCUCAGUAAUGGAUAUAUGCCAAACUGAAUAUCCCACUUUGGAAAUCCCUUCUGGCCUCAGAGUCUUCUUCACGGAAGAACUGUUUGAAAAAUGUUAGAAAACAGCAGCCAGUUGACAUAAUUACCGAGAGAAGCAGGUCAUAGAAAUCCAAAAGGGGAUUUUCUUUAAGAGGACAUUGUAAGAACACAAAACACUUAUAAAGCACAUUGGUUUGCCUGCUUUAAGAUACCAAACCUGUAGAAUUAGCAGAUAAAUAUAAAUGGAUGGGUUCCCAGGAGUAUAGUAGCUAUGGAUAUGAAAGUGUACCUAUGCACUGUUAAUAAUUCUGUCAUAUUCAGAAAGCUUUUGCUUACCACUUUGGAUCUUUGUUUGAAAGCCACAUCUUCAGAAUCAGGUCACAUAUUCCCUUUGAUUAUUUUAAUUCUAUUUUCUUCAUGGGUAUGGGCAUGAUGACACCAAUGAUGAAAGCACAUAUAAAUGUAGUUGAGGAAAGCUAAAGUAUCAUGAUCGAGGCAGGAGCCUGUGUUUGGAAUAGAGGUUUGGUUUGUUCUCAAGAGAACUCUUGAAAAUGCCAAUAUUAAAGUAUACAUUUUUACAAAUAAACCAUGAGUCCAUUACUCAACAUUUUUUGUUAGUAGUGAUAUUUGUAUGUGAAUCAUUUACACACUAGGAAAGCUUAUAGGACUGAAGAAAUGGAAGGAAAGAUUUGGAUAUGCUCAUCAGUAUGUGGAAAUCUGUCUGGUCAGGUAACUAAAGCCUAAUUGUGUAUGGACCCAAUUUAGUUCUAGCUAUACUAUUGAUGAUAUUAGACAAAUUCUUUAACUUAAUAGGCCUCACUUUGUCCAUAUGUAAGGUAGAAAUAGUAACAUGUUGCCUACUGUAGGAGAAUAAUUUUGAAGAUAAAUGCAGUUCAAUCCUUAGAAUGAUAGUUCUGGGGGGAAAAAAAGUUUUCCCCUUGACUUGGAGGUGAAUAUCAAAAAUCUCUUGCAGCAAAUAAUUGUUUGCUGUCAACUCCCCCCAACACAAUAGAUCACAGUGUUUUUAUUGCAACUAAGC